AACCAAGUUGGUGAUAUUCCAGUUCCAAGUAUUCCGGAUGUCUGCACCGAAUCUCCAGCUCAUGGCAAGGCCUUCUGUGCUGAUCACUGUGUGGUCGCAGAGAGAUCUUCAACGCCAACUGGUCUUCGUGACUUCUUGAAACACUGUGGUGUCCAGUGCCAGGAAUCUCAAAGCGCCAGUACAAGUGGUUCUGUUCUGGAUUCUGAAAGUACUCUGGGUGAUGUUGGCUCCAGGAUUGCUAAUGAAACUACAAUUGCUAAAGUUGGUGAUGUACUGGCAACCAUUCCUCCUGUGGCUUGUGGUGGCGAGUCUGUUAUCGUUGCUCAAGGUACAGCUCCAUUUCUUGAAGCCAACUCACCACACAUAGGCAGUAUUAUGGAAGAAUGUGUUGAAGAGAAACCCACUGCCUGUAAGAAGGACACUGGUUCCAAAAUCCGGCUUCAGAAGUGGUCCCGGGGCCAUCUGUUUGUUGUUCGUGGAGGAGGUCACAUUGAGUACUGGCAAACAUUGUACAAGUCUGAGUCUCCAUCGCAGGUCUUCAUUAUCCUGCUAUCCUGGCUCCGUACAUAUUGUCAACAGAUCCCUCCAGAUGACUGGACCAAAAUGGCCAUCGUCUACGACAAUAUGUGUCAUUUAGACAAUAUGGUUGUGGCACGUAAACCACUUCCACUUUCGUGGCCCUGGUCACACAUGUGGAUGUACCCACGAAAGUGCAUAGAUCGGCUACACAUUCGGAACCACACCGACUCCGAAUGCAGAACCAGGUACCAUCCUGAUGCUCAUUUGGAAGAGAACGACAACACCAUAAGCUGUGAGCAAACUUUUGUUUGGCUAGGUCGAUUUAAAAAAAUCCUGUGUGCCAUGCCAAAAACACACCACCUGUUUUACAUUCAUCGUAUGAUUGUCAGGCGAAAUCGAUACACAGCGUUGUGCUACGAACAAGGGUAUACCCCAAUUCUCCCUGCAUGUAAAAGUGCCAAUAGUGUAUAAUGUAGCAAAAUUGUAGGUGUACUGGUAAUUAUUUUCAAGGAGUAGAAAAAAUUGAAAUAGACGGUUACGUUUUCGGAAGCCAAAACCUUUUGACCAACAUGACUUGUGUAAUGUGUGCUUGUUGAUGGUUUUAGAAAUGUUUAUUUGUUUGUCACUGUGUCUUUUUCUGAUAUUUUAAUUUGUACAUACUGUAGUUCAUACGCACUGCCUUGAAGAUGCUUGAAUCUAUGCAUGGUGGAAGUUUUAAAUUUGUACACUCAUCUUGUAGUAUAUUUUGCAGUACAUUUUGUAUUUUGACGUGGAUUGUCCUGUGAUCAUUUUAAGUUUGAAGUAAUACAGUAAUAUUGUUCCUGUACAAUCCAACUUCAGCAAAUCUUACAAAUUUUACAAUUACAUGUACAUGUAGACUGUAUACAUUUGAACAUGAUGCUAGCCCUGUUGCUUGCAACUUCGUGUUUUCCAUUGGAGUUUUUGUUGAUCUUGUUUUAAGUGAAGUGUAUUUAAAUACAUGAAAUUAUCUGUCAUGUACAAUGUAGUGUUUUAGUAUCGUUUUAGUAUCUUAAUUACUUAGGCAAACAUAUAGGUAGCCUCUUGGACAUAUACAUGUAAUGUUUACAUCGUAUGAUUGGCAAGAUGUAAGCGAAGCAAACUUAGUUUCUCAAGCUUUGAACGUGUGUUUAAGACCUGAUAAAUACAUAUAGAAUGGACGCGACUAAUGCCCGAGCUCUCGACGACACGUGCCAAACUCGCCCUCACUGUUUCCAUCUAUAAUUGGCACGCAGUACCACCCCAGCUAUCUGCAUUCUUACCUAAUCUAACACAAUAACAAUGCAGUAGGCACAAAGCAGGAACUGUUGGAUAAAUUGCUUGUUGAUGAAUUGUUGAUAUUCUAUAAAGUAGCAGUUUAAUUGGGGAGUUUUAUGAAUUACAGUUAUAUAUGUGGUUAUUCCUCUUUUUCCAGUUAAAUUACUUUAUACAUUUCCUAAAAUGUAAGAUGACUUGCUGUAACAGUGUUGGUUGUUGAUUGAUGUCACUGCAGGAGAUCAUCAAAAGCGAUGCCAGUAAAAGUUCAUCGAAAAAUGCCUUGCUUGUUUGAAAAUGAAAACUCAGGUGUUACAACUGUCUAUUGUCCAAGAAAUCAUCUUUGUUGUGUUGUUGCCAAAUGAACGUUUCUCCCCUUGCCACCUGCAUGUUAACCGUAAAUCUUUAACAGGCUUGUGUUUCCGUAAACGAUGCGUUUUCCAAACAUUAGAACCGCGUUGAUAAGAGGGCUUCCGGACUUGCUAAAUUACCUUGUUUUAACGUGAACCUUGUCCGUGUACAUGUAUUAUCAAGAAAUGGUUAUUUUGACAAAUGAAGGAUUGGGACCUUGCAGUGUCCUUAUUAUAGGCAGAA